GGCUUCCCCGCGGCUCCUCCCCGCCGCUGCCCCCGGCGCUCGGGCUCGGGGCGCUCGGUGCGGGGGGGAUGGCCGUGCCGCUCCCCCGCUGCCCAGACUGCCCGGGGACGGAGCGGGGCGGCGGGGGGGGCCCGGCACUGCCCCACCUCGGCAUCGCCGUGGACGAGGGGGACGUGCUCCCCGGGGCGCUGCGGCUCGUGCGACAGCUCAGACCCGCCUGGGAGCCCCACAGGGUGAAGACCAAGCUCUUCACCGAUGGCAUCACCAACAAGCUCGUGGCCUGCUACACGGACGAGGGCAUGGCAGAUGCGGUGCUGGUGCGUGUUUACGGCAGGAAGACGGAGCUGUUUGUGGACCGGGAGACGGAGCUGAGGAACUUCCAGGUGCUGCGUGCCCAUGGCUGUGCCCCUGACCUGUACUGCGCCUUCCAGAAUGGGCUCUGCUACCAGUUCCUGCCAGGCAUCGCGCUGGGGCCUGACCACGUGCGAGACCCCCACAUCUUCAGGCUGGUGGCCGAGGAGAUGGCCCGGGUACACGCCAUCCAUGCCAACGGGAGCCUCCCCAAGCCUAUACUCUGGCAGAAGCUACACAAAUACCUCACCCUCGUGAAGACGGAUCUCAGCCCAAAGGUAUCCAAUCCCAGCCACCAGCAGGACAUGCCCAGCCUGGAGGUGCUUGAACAGGAGCUGGCCUGGAUGAAGGAAACGCUCUCCCAUUUGGGGUCCCCCAUCGUGCUUUGCCACAAUGACCUGCUCUGCAAGAACAUCAUCUAUGACAGGACUCAAGAGCACGUUCGCUUCAUAGAUUAUGAGUACACGGGCUACAACUACCAGGCUUUUGACAUUGGGAACCACUUUAAUGAGUUUGCAGUCAUCCACGGGGAACACCACUUUGCUCUGAAGAAGCCCUCCCUUUGCUCCUUGGGCAUUGCUGACCACAGCUCCCCUCGCAGGCGUGAAGGAGGUGGAUUACCGCCUGUACCCCAGCAAGGAGACCCAGCUGCAGUGGCUACGCUCCUACCUGCAGGCCUACAAGCAGCUCACCCAGCAGGACCGAGGAGGCAUGGGGGUGUCCGAGGAGGAGCUGGAGGCUCUCUAUGUGCAAGUCAACAAGUUUUCUUUGGCAUCCCAUUUCCUCUGGGCAUGCUGGGGCCUGAUCCAAGACAAAUACUCUACCAUAGACUUUAACUUCUUAAGAUAUGCAAAACUAAGGUUUAAACAGUACUUCAAGAUGAAGCCGGUGGUCACAGCGAUGCAGAUCUCUAAAUAACAUCUCCAGCCCGUGAGACCCUGAGCUGUUUUGUCCUUGCUGCAUCAACAGCCCUCGCCUCCCUCUCACCCCUUCCCUGCACCAGCUGGGGGUGAGGGCAGGUCCUGAUGGUGGGGAGAGGGAGAUCUGUCCCAGCCAUCAAUUCGAGACGACCCUGAACAUACCCGAGACUGGACCAUGAGAUGCUAGAGAGGACCAUGGCCUCAGAGAGGCCCCUGCCUACGCAAGGAAGCCUUACCAUCGCCUUAAAGCCGAGCCCUGGCUUGGCCCCAGUGCCCAGUGGGCCCAUGCUUUGCCGGCAGUGCUGCUGCUUGGCCUGGCACCUGGUUUGCUCCCUCUGUUCUGUCCUUGAGGGUAGAAAUGGGUGCCCUCCUCUGCUCAGGAACCCCCAGAGCUGCCCAGUUUGGUUUAGCUGCCCAUUACCUUCAUUGCUCCCACCACGCCUGCUUGGGCUCCCAUCUCCAAACCAGCACCAGUUCUGGGUCUGUAUUGAUCCUGGGCUUGGUGCUGUCUCUGAGCACGGGUGGCUGCUGCUGCACUGCGGCUCAGAUGGUGAAAAGCAGCAAGAGGCGGUGACAGCCGUCAGCCACAUGAGCUUGUGACCAGUGGUCCAAGCUGUUGACCACUUUUGCUGGUGGGUGUUGCGUGCCUGUACCCACGGCCAUGCAUCCAGCCUGUGGCUGGCUCUGCUUUUCCCCACAAUUGUGGUCCCUUGGACCCCUAUGCUCUCUCUGCUCCCGUCACAGCUGCCCUUGUAGCAUCUUGCCAGAGCGAGGAGCUCUCAGCUCUGUUUUCCCCAUCUCCCCCAGGGACAGGGGGGUCGGUCCAGCCUCUCCCAUGGGCACUAUCCCUUUUGGCUGUGUCCCUGCAUGGGACCCACAGUGGGAAGUGAAACAGAACUCCAUGAGCUGGGCACAGCUUCAUCCUCUAUCAGCGCUUGUCUGCUUCUCCAUCACAGUCUCCAUGAGGGCAGUACUGGCCUGCUGAGCACUGUCCAACUCGUGACAACAGUUGUGCAUCAGCUAGAGGGUGGAAUCUAACCCCUCUGCCCCUGCCUUGGCUGCUUGGCAAGUAGUACAGGGACAAGGUGGCUGUCCCCUCCGCACCGGCAGGAACCUGCCCCAGCAAGAACCGAGACUCUUGUUGCAUCUGGUGUUUGUUUUGGUGCAAAAUAAAAGCUGCUGGUAGCUGGAAAUCGGGGAUGGUGGAUCUGUGGGGACUGACACAAGAUUUGUGCCAGAGCGGGGCCAGCAGCCCUGGGCCCUGGGGGUGCACUCAGACCUUCUCUUGCAGCUGGAGGUGCUGGGCAAGGCCAGGGCAGGAGCAGAGAUGGUGGUGGAUGUAUCUCAGUUCUGGAGAACUCAGCACAGGAAGGACAUAGAUCUGUUGGAGCAAGGCCAGAGGUGGCCAUGGAGAUGAUCUGAGGGCUGGAGCACCUGUGCUAUGAGAACAGGUUGAGAGAGUUGGGGUUGUUCAGCCUGGAGAAGAGAAGGCUUCAGGGAGACCUUAGAGCAGCUUCCAGGACUGAAAGAGGCUCCAGGAAAGCUGGGGAGGGGCUCUUGAUCAGGGAGUGCACGGUUAGGAUGAGGGUAAUGGUUUUCAUCUAAAAGAGGGGAGAUGGAGAUGAGAUCUUAGGGAGAAGUGUUUUGCUGUGAGGGUGGGGAGGCCCUGGCCCAGGUUGCCCAGAGCAGUGGUGGCUGCCCCAUCCCUGGAGGGGUUCAAGGCCAGGUUGGAUGGGGCUUGGAGUCCCUGAUCCAGUGGGAGGUAUCCCUGCUCAUGGCAGGGGUAGAACUGGAUGGGCUUUAAGCUCUCUUCCAACCCAAACCAUUCUGUAAUUUCCUGAUGGGGUGGGUUGUGAUGUCCCUGCAAUGUUCCUUUAGAUGUUGGCACGCAGCACUCGAUGCCUCUUCCCUGCUGGCAGUAGCUGCUGGGGAUGGUCCUGGUCCCAGAGCCAUGCCCUGUGGUUUAAAAGAGCCUUCAGCAGAGCUGAUCUCACAUCUUCAUCUUGGCUCCUCCUGAGGCCCUGCUGGGCUCCAUCUCUGGUAAGGGCAGGCUGGACCACUUGGCUGCAGCAGGCAGUGGGAAGAGGAGGCUGAACCCCAAACCUGCUGCCACGUGAGACAAGACCUCGAGAAAACACAGGUGAGAGGUAGGAAGGAGAGUGGAGCAGCCUGCGACGCACCAUGGACUGACAGGGUGGGAGAAAGAGCUGUGAAACAGCACAAGUGAAGACAUCACAGGGAGCAAGAGCUGCAGAAGGGUAUAUGCUGGAAGAGGGCAGGGGAAGGGGGCGAAGCAAUCCCAUCUGUUCUCUGCCUGCCUUGGGGGAGCGAUCCCCAUCCAGCCCUAAGCUCUCCCUGACCUGGUAAAGUCCAGACCCAGCUCUCUGCUCCAAAAAGUCACCUUUAUUGUGUCAAGGGGUGGGCGGGACAAUUGUAAACAAGUAUGUGAAAUAAUACAGGUUAAGUUACUCAUUGUCUUAUUAACAAAAUAGA